CCUGAUGCCAAGGCUGUUUCUGUGAAGGGUGAGCCUCAGGGGUGGUGUAGUUUCUCUGCUUAGGGGGGUCAAGAUGAAUCCUACAGCUUUAGCUUGGAACUUUAUGGAUCCAUUGAACCUGAGGGUUGUAAAACUAAAUCUGGUUUAAGAAACAUACUAUGCUCAAUUCAGAAAGGAGAAAAAGGUUGGUGGAAGAGGCUAUUGAAGUCUGAAGAGAAACCUGCUCCAUACCUGAAGGUUGAUUGGAACAGAUGGUGUGAUGAAGAUGAAGAGUCAACUUGUAAGCUUCUAUAAAUCAUAAUUUCCCUUGGAAGCUAGAUUUUUAUAUUUAAAAAUUUUAUUCUGAAAUUAAAUGUGAGAAUUCAUAUUUUCGUGGCCCCAUCAAUGCAUUUAGUGUCAAGAAUUGAAACAUCUUGCAAUUUUGCUCUAGCUUCAUUUGGAAGAGAAGAAACCUUUUCGCCAUGUUUAACUUAAGAGUUAAAAUCACAAAUUGUAACAAAUGAUGAUAGUUUUG